AUGGCAGCCGGUGACCCCCGCGGGGAUCCCUUAGCCCUGGGGCCGGAGCCGGAGCCCGCGGCCUCCGCUGCCCAGAGCCGCUGGGGCGACCAGGAGCCGGCAGCAGAGAUCCAAUUUAAAAUCCUAAGAGGACACAGCGAUACUGUGAGCUCCUGCCAUUUUUGCUUUGAAGACACAAAAAUACUUUCAUGCUCUUACGAUAAAACUUUGAAGCUCUGGGAUGUUGCCAAAGGUUUUCCUAUCCAAGUUUUUGAAGAACAUAAAGCCCCAGUUUCUGAGUGCAACGUGAGUCCUGAUAAUAAAAGAGUGGUAACAUCAUCACAUGACAACACUGUCAAGGCUUGGGAUAUGGAAACAGGAAAAAUGCUUUGGACAAUAGAACAUGAAGGCAUUGUAACUUCUUGUAACAUUUCUUGGGAUGGUAAAUAUGUGGUUUCUGGUUCAGACAGAGAAAAUGCCAUACAUAUUAUUGAUGCAGCGAAUGCCACAGUGGUGGCUCAUGUCCAAGGUCAUCACAAAAGUACAAUCACAAGAUGCUGCUUUGAUCCUGAUAACCAAAGAGUGACUACGGUAUCAUAUGAUAAGGCAAUAAAGCUGUGGGAUAUGAUAACUCAAUCCACCUCCAUUACAAUUAAAGAAGGCCACACUAAUGCUAUCUCAGAUUGCUGCUUCACCUCAGAUGGUCAUUACCUGUGCACAGCUUCCUGGGACAGAACCUUAAAAAUAUGGGAUGUAAAGACAGGGGAGUUUCGAUGUCAUGGACCUAUCUCCUUGAACCAAGGACAUGAGGGUUCCAUUAGUUCCUGUCUUUUUAGCCAAGAUGCAUCCCUUGUUGUGUCUGGAGCAUAUGACCAAACUGUAGCCAUAUGGGAUACAGAUGCAGGCUGUAAAAAACUAAGCUUAAAGGGUCAUUUGGACUGGGUGACAGAUGUUGCAAUCAGCAAAGACAAGAAAUGGAUUGUUUCUGCCUCAAAGGAUUCUACUUUGAGGCUGUGGAACGUGGAAAAGAUGGAUCGUCUUCCUUCAGUGAUGGAGAGCAGAAAAGCAAGAGGCUCAAAAAUAGCUCAGUGUGAAGAAUGUGAGAAACCUUUCUCAUACCUGCAUUGCAGUGGCUCUGAAGCAAUAAACAAGUGCGUGUUCUGUCGCCUCUCUUCUCCAGUGAGAAAUGUUUUACCCUUGCCACCUUCUGUUCCUCCUGAACUUUAAACUUAUCUGGCAGCCCUGAGAUGUUUACACAUUAAAAUACAUAAGUGGAGUGCUUACAUCUUUAUGUUCUGUGUGUAUAAAGCCAUGGAUUCUCUCUGAACUUG